GCUCCGACAUUAUUCUUACGCUGCUUACGUCCAUGAGUUUACUUCACACCGUGUCGCCAUGACACUACUAGUUGUUUGACUGAAUUCUAUUUUCUCGUGUUAAUUCUGUCAAUAUAUAGAAAAUGUCGUUAACAAGUCUACUUCCAGCUCCAAGUCAAGUGGUUUGGGAUCGAGAAGAUGAGGCACGAGAACAAAAGUUACGCCAAAGACCAGUGUCUGCUUUGGUUAAAGCAGUGGUUACCGCACCUCCCUACGGACAACGUAAAGGAUGGGUGCCAAGGAACACAGAGGAUUUUGGAGAUGGUGGAGCGUUCCCAGAAAUACACGUCGCCCAGUACCCACUUGGGAUGGGUAUGAAAGGAAAAGAAGCUUCCAGCAAUGCUCUUUCGAUUCAGCUCGAUGCCCAAGGAAAAGUUAAAUAUGAUGUUAUUGCUAGGCAAGGCCAUGCAAAAGACAAGAUUGUAUAUAGCAAAUUAAGUGAUUUGUUGCCGUCAGAAAUAACUACUGAAGAUGAUCCAAGCUUACAGCGGCCCAUUGAGGAAGAAAUAGAUGACAUCACUGAAAGGACAAGAAAAGCUUUAGAAAAAAUUACAGAGUCUAAAAUUGCAGCAGCUAUGCCAGUUAGAUGUGCUGAGAAACAAGCUCCAACUCAAUAUAUUCGAUAUACUCCAUCGCAACAAGGACAGUCAUUUAAUUCGGGUGCAAAACAAAGGGUUAUAAGAAUGGUAGAAGCCCAAGUAGACCCAAUUGAACCACCGAAAUUCAAGAUUAACAAAAAGAUUCCAAGAGGACCUCCAUCACCACCAGCACCUGUAAUGCAUUCUCCUACACGGAAAGUUACUGUAAAAGAACAAAAAGAAUGGAAAAUACCACCAUGUAUUAGCAACUGGAAAAAUGCUAAGGGUUAUACUAUACCAUUAGAUAAACGUUUAGCUGCUGAUGGUCGAGGACUACAACAAGUUCACAUCAAUGAAAACUUUGCCAAAUUAGCAGAAGCACUUUAUAUCGCUGACAGAAAAGCCCGUGAGGCAGUUGAAAUGCGAGCACAGCUUGAGAAGAAAUUGGCACAGAAAGAAAAGGAGAAAAAGGAAGAUCAUCUGCGUCAACUUGCUCAGAAAGCACGAGAGGAACGAGCUGGUUUAAAAUCUGUAGCUGCUUUAGAUAAAGCAGAAGAAACAAGAGAGAGAGAUCAGUUAAGACAAGAACGUCAUAAAGAUCGUGCUCGUGAGAGGAACUUGGCACGAGCUGCACCCGAUAAGCGUUCCCGUCUACAACGAGAACGUGAACGAGAUAUCAGUGAACAAAUUGCUCUUGGGCUGCCAGCAAAGAGCAUUUCUAAUUCUGGAGAAGCUCAAUUUGAUCAACGAUUAUUUAAUACCACUAAAGGAAUUGAUGGUGGCUAUGGACAUGAUGAUGAGUACAAUGUUUACGAUAAACCAUGGCGAGACUCUAGUUCCAUUGGUUCACACAUCUAUCGACCUAGUAAAAAUAUCGAUAAAGAUAAUUAUGGAGACGAUUUGGAAAAGCUUGUGAAAACAAACAGGUUUGUUCCUGACAAGGAAUUUAGUGGAACUGACAGAUCUGCUACUCGUUCUGGUCCUGUACAAUUUGAGAAAGAUGAGGAAGAUCCAUUUGGUCUCGAUCAAUUCUUAAAACAAGCUAAAAGGGCAAGUAGCUCAAAUGUUACAACAAAACGUAAAGACGACAGCCACCAACGACGAGAUGAUCGUGACAAGCGUAGAAAACACUGAUUGAUUAUCAGUUUUGUUUCCUCAUGCAUCUAAAUUAUGUACUAUGAUAAGAUGCAAUAAUUCUGUAACUUUUUAAUUCAUUUGUACUCUAAGGUAUUGAUUUCAGGAUCCAUAAUAAAAGACCAAACAUCUUAGUUUAUUUUAAA